AUGUUGAAAGUGCGUGCAAAGUGUAAAACAAACGACGAGCUUCAAAAAGGGAAGGCGGCCUUGGAAAAUGCAGGGAAUAUGAAGAGGGAGCGUAAAAUCACAGCACUUGAAAGUCUACAAACUCUAUAUGAGAUAGUGCUCUCCCUCUCAGAUUCCAGGUCUAGACACAAGUACAAUCUGGAGGUAGAAAGAUCCAGACACGCGAAGGAGCUGGUGAGGGUGGAAAGGGCACACAUAAAAGCCCUCCAGGACACAGUGCGCACAACAUCCGCGCAACUACAAAGGACCAAACAAGAUAUAGCAAAGGUCCAGGAUGACACUAACGCAAUUCGCAACUGGCUUGGAUAUGAAACAAAACAGCCAUAUGAAAAUAUCAAUAAAAUAGAGGCCAUGGUAAGGAAGCUGGAGAACACCAUGGCCGAUUACACAUCCACAUCAAAAAACACAGAGGGCGUCAAGUCGCAAAAAACAUCUGAUUGUUUGACAGAAGUCGUAAACAAGAUCUACGAGGAGACUAAAAAACUGUCAAACCAAUUUGACGAGCUGAGGAGGGGGAUUUCUGAGGCCCGGGCAGAGCUACAGCAACAACAGCAGCAAACCCGGGCAGAAAUUAACACAUCAACAGAAACCCUCAAAAACUCUGUCCUAGCCAAAACAGAAGAAUCUACACAACACAUCAUCACCAAAUUAGAGGCAGAGUGCAAAAUCUCCAGGGAACACCUCGACAACUGGAGGCCUCUCACCCCUCCCACCAUCCCGGCCGGACAGGGGGACGCCCUUUUUGCGGAGGAAAACCCUCCAAGAGGAACUGGAGUUAACCGCCCCUUUAACAUCAUAGCGGGCCGGUCGCCUCACCUACGCUGCAGCAGUGCAGGCGCCCUCAUCAGACACCCCCAGCCACAAAGGUCCUACCCGCCACCCCGCCCCAUACCAAACUACACUGUCAUAGUAUCAUCGUCAAACCCCAAGAACACCGGGGAAAACAUCCUAGACGAAAUCAGGGAGGCGCUCGACACAAAAAGUACGGGCGCCAGGGCCCAAAUCCCAAAAACCAACAAGCCUCUGGUGGUCAUAAAGGACGUGCUGGCCUACCAUAAGGAAGAAGACAUCGUGGUUAACAUCAUGUCACAAAAUAAACACAUCCUCGGGGACCUUGGGGUGGACAGCACUGCAUUAAGGGUGAAGUACAGGAGGAAAGCAAGAAACCCCCUGGAAUGCCAUCCGGUCCUCGAAGUACCACCAGAGGUCCACAAAAAACUUAUUGAGGCCGAAUACAUCUACAUCGGCCUCCAAAAAAGACCAGUGCAGGACCAAUCCCCCUUGGUGCAGUGCACAAAGUGUCUGGGUUACGGGCACACUAAAACGCUCUGCACCAAAACCGAAUAA